AGCGGAAGCACCUGUACUUCUUUACCCAUUAUGGCUGCGAGACACUCUCUGGAGAAGAAGCUGGACGAUGAGGCGAUGCACAUCGAAGACGCUCCGAUUAUCACUGAGAUUGAGUCCUUCCGAGUGCUAGGCCUUGACCCCGAAGAUGCCGAGUUCUUCACAAACUACUCGGAAGAGCAGCGUAAGAAGACGUUCCGCAAGGUCGACCUUCGUCUUGUACCAAUGCUCUCUGUACUCUACCUGAUGGCUCAUAUUGACCGUGCAAACAUUGGUAACGCGAAGAUUGAGGGUAUGAUUGAGGAUCUGGGCAUGACUGAUGUUCAGUACAACAUUGUGCUGUCGAUCUUCUUCAUACCAUACGUCCUUUGCGAAGUCCCAAGCAACAUCUUGCUCAAGAAGUUCAAGCGUCCCUCUACUUAUCUGGGUAUCCUCGUCACAUCCUGGGGCACUAUCAUGGCAUGCACUGGUCUAGUCAAGAACUUCGCUGGACUUAUGAUUGUCAGAAUCUUGUUGGGCAUCUUUGAGGCUGGCUUCUUUCCUGCCGCCAUCUACCUCUGCAGUUACUGGUAUAUGCCAAAGAAUCUCGCCACACGUAUCUCAUACUUCUACUGUAUGAGUGCGCUAUCUGGCGCUUUUUCUGGUCUUCUCGCUGCCGGCAUCGCUCAAAUGGAUGGCGUAGGGGGAUAUGAAGGAUGGCGCUGGAUAUUUAUUCUUGAGGGCAUCGUCACAGUCUUUGUCGGUGUAGGAUGCUUCUUCCUUCUCAUCGACACGCCUGAACUCUCGUCUCGCUGGCUUCGUCCGAACGAGAUUCAAUAUCUUGAACUUUCUAUGUUUAUCAAACAAGGCGGCGCCUUCCAGGCAGAGACCAGCAUCAAGGCGAGGGACCUGAAGAUGGUACUCAAGAACCCCCGUAUCUACACACAGGCAUACUUCCUUUUCUGCCAGUCUGCCCUAUCCUAUGGUAUCAAAUUCACUCUACCGACCAUCACGAAAUCAAUGGGCUUCACUACCACUGUUGCACAGCUUCUCUCUGCACCGCCAUACGUUGCUGCCGCCAUCUCAGCUGUCUGUUUUGCAAAGGUGUCGGAUCGCUUCUACCGUCGCAUGCCGUUUGUCGUCAUACCAAUGGCCAUCGUCGUAGUCGCUUACUCAGUAAUCAUAUCUCUCAACGGUGCUCUCGCGGAGAAGAAAGGUGUCGCCUACUUCGCUGUCGUCCUAGCCGUCAUCGGCAUCUACCCCAUCCAAGCAGCCGCCGCCUCCUGGAACGCUAAUAAUCUUGCUCCUUCCUCUCGACGUGCUAUCGGUAUUGCUCUCAACAACGGUGUUGGUAACAUCGGUGGCAUCGUCGGCAGUUUCAUGUAUUUGGAAAGGGAGAAGCCGAAGUAUUACACAGGAUUUGGAUUGAGUUUGGCAUUCGGCGCUACAGGGUUGAUUGUGGCUCUGUUGCUUGAGUGGAGCUAUGUUGUUGCUAAUAAGAAAAAGGCUAAGAUUGCAGAGGAGGCGAAGACGAAGUAUACAGAUGAAGAGUUGUUUGACAUGGGAGACAGCUCUCCUUUGUUCAAAUAUGUGCUCUGAUGGAAGGAAAGGCCGUAUCUGCGAGGGUUAAGCUCAGGCCAAACUUGCGUUUUCUGAGUGAGG